UUUAACGUCAAACUGUAAAACAGAGUUGAACGCAUUUGCUGCAAUCUCCUAGAGAUAAUAGUACCGGAUUUAUUAUUGUCUAUUUAUUUCUUCAUAUAAAUUCUUAGUGGCUAACGAUGCCAAAAGUGGUUUCACGAAGUAUUGUCUGCUCCGAUUCUAAAGAUCAGGAAGAGUAUAACGACACUGGUCCCUUAAACAUUUACUAUUGCCUGUGUGGUCAAAUGAGCUUGAUUUUAGAUUGCAUUGUGGAGAAACUUCCCCUUCGGCAACUGGAUGGAGCACGAGUCAUUGAUUCGGCGAAACACGCAAACAAAAUCACAGCUGAACCAAGCGAGACGGUAUUCAUUCGUCGAGAAGCGGGUAUCGAGAAGCAGCACCGGCUCAAAUGCAAAAAAUGCGCCCUUCCACUCUAUUACCGACAUUCUAACGACACCCAAGUAACAUUCAUAAUCCGCCGAGCGUUGGUAAAAUCCAAGAGCGACACAUCCAUCACCGAACUGUUCAAACCGGUAGCAUCAGCUUCACCAUUGGAACCGAAGAAAGUUAUGGUCACCAAGCACACGAAGAACAUGGGAAAAUUCAGCUCCGUCACGGUGUCCACCAUCGAUGAGGAAGAAGACGAAAUCGAGGCCCGGGAGGUCGCUGACAGUUACGCGAACAAUGCCCGAAUCAUUGAGAAGCAGUUGGAACGAAAGGGCGGCAAAACGAACGAGGUCGCAAUCAAAGAGAAGAGCGAGCCUCCACCGGCUAAGAAAUCUCGAGGAACGUUGCUGGAUGCGUGAUGAGAUUUUAAUAUCAUUUGGAACAUACGAUACUGAAUAUGCUAAAUAAACUAAUUUCUGGAUUAUGAUUUUAAA